AUGGAUCAGGCGAACAAUGACAGCAAAAAGACACAUUGCUUUUCCCAGGCAACAGUGAAUGCCAUGUGGGCUGCCAGGCUAUCGCCAAUGAGCGUGCAGGCGGUUCAUCAGGCAUCGGCGUUCCAGGAAGAGAUGGUUGUUGCAACGAUUGCGGACAGCAAGCAUCAGGUCAACGUGGAAGCACAACACUUCACCUGUCGUGAAAGACUCAAUGUGGCUCACUUGAACAAUGCCGCUCAUGCACUGGCCCGAAGACAUGUUGUCCUACGUUCCCUCUUUUGCUGGAAUGAUCAUGCCACAAAACAACAUCCCGCCCGGAUAUUGAUGUUAGUUCUUGGAACCGAUUACCCAGUAGCAAAUAUCAAGCUUGUCAGUGAAGGACCGACCCAGGAUACGAAUACAGAAGAUUCCCCUAUCGAAUUUCAUGUGCUGGGUUUGUCUGGCGCUUCAGAAAUUCGCCAAUGGCAUGGAGAGAUGCCAUGGAGGUUAACAAUCAACUCAUUGCCUGACCAGAAAGGUUCUCGUCUAUCACUGUGCUACCAUACCGCAAUCCUGGACGAGUCUUCGGCUUGUCGGAUGUUGCGCUACCUGUGGGAUGAGCUGCAGGCCCCCGGUUCCACCGUCGUGUCUGACUUCAUUGCAGCCCACAAGGGCCAGGCGUUCCGACGCAGCCAUGAUAUGCAACGUCGGGUUCGAGAAAGAUUUGCGGGAGCACCUCCUCUCCUAGCCGUCCUCGGUAGCACACAGCCACUUGACAGAGAGGGGUAUGGUGUGACGAUCGACAAAGUGGCUAUGCCUUACGCUCGGGCCGAUUGCCUCUUGAGAGCGCGGCAGGCCCUAUACAUGGCACUCUGCACAUUGGAUGGGACACAAGAGGCCACAUUUUUAGAGUUAACGCCACACAGAGGGGCACUCCCCUCGAACCAUAGAGAGGUUUUGGGUCCAAUUCUAGUGCCUCAGAUUCGUUGGACUCAACAUGAUAGAAACACAUCACUCCCAAGAAUCGCUGAAAGUCUUGCUUCGGGAUGCGACAUUAACCACGCCUUCUCACCUGGCGAGCUGUGUUCCUUCAUUUCGAACGUGGCAUAUCGACCUUCAGUGUCUCUUAUUUGCCACAUCGAGUCAUGUGCCUCCACUGGAGUCGAAGCCUGGACUUGGGAAGGCAAAGAUUCAUGGUCAGAUGUCCCUUUGGUAGUCGAACUGAUUCCAUGUGGUGGGGAGUUCUACCUCGUCCGCAUUCGCUACCACCGUGACCUAUUCAAAGACAACCCAAUUGCAGCAUUCCGACAGUUCUUUUGCGCAUCGCUAGAAUGGCAAAAAUGUGAGCAUGAUACAUGGAAAGACAUUACCCUCGAGUUUGCGGUCCACCAUAUCCUGAGUUCAUGCCCCGAUGCAGCUGUCCAGCUGGAAAACCAGAAGAAGAUCCAAACCAACAAUGAGCAUGCCGGUGAGUCUCCACAGACUACCAUGCUCAGUAGUACAUCGCACACUACCAUAGAGAAGUGCACUGGACAUACAUAUUCUUCUCUGAGUAACGCGAGGGCCGAAGGUGGUGCAUGUGCGCAUCACCUGCUGGAGCGGAGUGCUAGAAGAUUUCCCGAGAAGAUUGCCCUGCAGUAUGAGAUUUCCAAUUAUUUGACAUAUAAGGACUUGAACGAUCGUUGUAACCAGCUUGCUGAAUCCUUAUCUUGUUGGAUCGAGCGUACCAAACCAAUGUGUCCUGGUGAAGAAAUCAUUAUCCCACUUUCAUUCGACAAAGGGUUUGAGGUGGUUAUAGCUAUGUUCUCGGUGCUGAAGGCAGGGGCAGCUUUCGUGCAUAUCGAUGCGAGUCUGCCGGCUAGCCGAAUAGCGGGGAUCAUUCGGAAGGCAGGGGCGCCAUUCAUUCUUUACGAUGGAAAGGCUGACACGCCUAAGUUGAACGAAGUUGCCAGGAGGGAAGGCAUGGAAAUCGUUGCGCUCAACGAUUUGGCCAGGAUGCAGGACAAGCGUCCACUUCCAUUCACCCGGAAAGAGCAACCGGCGUCCUCGCUUGCGUACAUUCAAGUGACGUCUGGAACGACUGGGGAGCCGAAAUGUAUCAUGAUAGAGCACCGCAACUUGGUGGCUUUCAUGGAAGCCGACGAGCCGGAGUUUCUAGGAAGUUGGAUGACCAACAAGCUGCAGCUCUCAAACCGCACCUUUGACAUAGCCAUGGCUGACAUAUUUGGCACGUUGGGGCGUGGAGGAAGAUUGGUGUUCGGCCCAGACGCAGAGAUACUGUCCACUCUGGCAACAUGGCUAGAGAUGACCAGCGUGACGGAUCUGAAUACGUCUCCCUUGAUCGCAGACGUGCUGAAGGACCAUGUCCCAGCUUACCUGAGUAUCCUGAUGGUCGGCGGAGAGCCCUUCCAUCCCUCCCUCAUAGAGGGCAUCCCUAAGCAGUGUCGAUUAUACAACAACUAUGGCCCAAGCGAAACAACUUUUGUAGCGACGACAUACACUGUAUCAGAGGAGGAUGAAAAUAAGUCAAACGUCCCGGUUGGCCGCUCUUUUGGAUCAUGUAAUAUUCAUAUACUGGCACCUGAAAGCACUGAAAGGGUCAAAAGCGGAGAUGUUGGUGAGAUCUGCAUCAGUGGGUCCCAAGUAUCCAGGGGUUACCUGGGACAGCCCGAGCUUACUGGUAAAAGCUUUGUCUCAGAUCCGUCUGCGAAAGAUGAGAAUUGCAAGCUGUAUCGCACUGGAGACCUUGGACGAUUUUUACCCGACGGAAGACUGGAGUAUACAGGGCGCAAAGAUACACAAGUGAAACUUCGAGGGCAGCGUGUCGAAACACUCGAAAUAGAAAUGGAGAUUAGGAAGCAUCCUCGAGUGAAGGCUUGCGCAGUCACCACAGGCGACUCGAGCCAUGGAAUGGCGCUCGUUGCAUUCAUUGAGACACAGCCGAACCACCAAGACUCAUUUACCGAUGCGACAGCUGAAGAGCGCCUCUGGGCGAGUCUGGUAGAUGAGAUCAAGACCGUUCUAUCCCAGAGCCUGCCAGACUAUAUGAUACCAGCGCGCAUUGUGAAGCUUGAUGAUGGCUUACCUCGUUUACCUAGCAACAAGCUUGAUCAGAAAGCACUGUCAUCUCGAGCAACAGAAGCCUUAGCAAGCCAAGCGUCCCAAGCGGCAUUGGAAUACGUCCGUCCACGGGACGAGGUGGAAAGACAUGUCUGUGAAGCUUUCAGCAACGUGUUUUCUUGCCAGGUUGGCAUUACAAACAGUUUUUUGGAUCUUGGAGGACACUCUGUCACAGCGAUACGGGCAGCGAGUAAAAUAAGGAAACACCUCCGCACUGUUAUCACCUUCCGGGAUGUUUUGGAAUGCUUGACCCCGGAAACGCUGAGUGCUCGCAUUCGUGCUUCUGCGGAAAACAUACCGCAAAGUCUACCGACGUAUCUAGCUCCAGAUAGCAUGACUGUUGAGCAAUCGUUCGCACAGGGGCGCUUGUGGUUCUUGGAACAGCUCCAUCCAAAUUUGAGCUGGUACCACAUGCCACUUGCAUUCAGGUUGCGAGGGAAAUUGCACCUCGACGCCUUAGAGUCCGCUUUACUAGCGCUUGAGGAGCGUCAUGAAACGCUGCGAACGACAUUCGAAGUAAAAGGCGACGUGAAUGUCCAAGUAGUCCAUCCCUUUUCGCUGAAAGGUAUCCGAAUAUUGGAUCUUACUGGGGACCCUAGUCACGAACGGCUUUACUCGGUCCUUCAUAGUGAGCAAACAAAGCCAUUCAACCUUACAGAUGAACCCGGGUGGAGAGUAGCCGUGGUGCGAGAGGGACAAAUCCGGCAGCAGCAGCGUCAUUUAGCGUAUUGGACAAAACAGCUGCGAGGCAGUCACCCGGCCGAAUUCCCGUGUGAUAAGCCUCGGCCUGCUGUGCCAUCAGGACAGGCUGCUGUGAGGGAAAUCAAGAUAGGCGGUGCUUUGUACAGGGUUUUGGAAAGACUCUGCAAGCGACAUUCGAUAACACCCUUCGUCUUUCUACUGGCAGCUUUCCGCGCAGCUCAUUACCGAAUGACAGGGGCAGCUGACGCGACUAUCGGCACUCCAAUCACCAAUCGCAACCGUGAGGAACAUGAAGAUAUAAUUGGGCUGUUCGUGAACAUGCAGUGUAUGAGAGUCGAAAUUUCGGAAAGCGAUUCCUUCGGGGUACUGGUUCAACGGGUAAAGGAGACAGCAGCGGCGGCAUUUGAGCACAACGAGGUGCCUUUCGAGAUGAUCGUUUCCGAGCUACACCCAACACGGGAUACGUCACGCAAUCCACUGAUUCAGACUAUCUUCGCCUUUCACCCAGAACGUGUUGAUAAGAUCAGACUCGAAGGCAUCGAUUCGGAACUGAUUAGCCUGACUCAUGCGACAAGGUUCGACCUCGAAUUUCACGUCUGCCAGUGUGAAGAUGGCCUGGAGGGUGAUAUCAUAUUCUCCACUGAGCUUUUCCAUGGUCGAACGAUCGACAUAUUGCUGUCGAUCUUUCAAGAUAUAUUGAGAGUCGGCCUAGAGGAUUUACAUACAGCUAUUGAGACGAUCCCCUUGCCGAGCGCUACUUCCGCACUUGAAGAUAUGGACCUCUUGGGGAUUCGCCGCUCAGAGUACCCUCGGAGUUCGAGCAUAGUCGAUGUAUUCCGCGAACAGGUAGCUGCACAUCCACAUAGAACAGCAGUCAAGGACAAUCAGUAUCAAUGGAGCUAUACCAGGCUUGACCUAGAGUCCGACAAGAUGGCAGGUUGGUUGCGUGAUUUUAAACUGCCAGAAGAGAGUGUGAUCACGGUUUUCGCAAACAGAUCGUGCGAGACCAUCGCAGCGUUCCUGGGAAUACUUAAGGCAAAUAUGGCCUAUCUUCCACUAGAUAUCAAGUUCCCAGCUGCUCGAAUAGAGACCAUUCUUUCUUUUAUUGAAGGAAAUAGAGUUGUUCUGGUCGGCUCCGGAUGUGAAUUUCCAAUUACCCACUUGGAUCGGGUAGACGUCGUCCCCAUGGCACGACUGUCGAGCGGUAUUGGUCAGAGCCCUGCAUAUGUUGAUAAUAUAAUGCCUACUCCCAAGAGCCUCGCAUAUGUUAUGUUCACCUCGGGCUCCACCGGACAGCCAAAAGGGGUCAUGAUUGAGCACAGGGCGGUUGUGUCACGAGUGAAGGGUUGCGGUUUACUCAAGGAAGAGGUUACCGCAAAGCCAUUCGCCCACAUCUCCAGCAUUGCUUUUGAUGCAGCAGUUUGGGAGAUAUACACUCCUCUGCUCAACGGCGGCACUGUCAUUUGCAUUGACAGUGUGACAAUUACGGACUUUGAAGCCUUUUCCAACGUCCUCCAUGCGGAAGGCAUUAGGGUAGCACUUAUUACACCCGCCCUGCUGAAACAGCUUCUGACAGAUUCAUCGGUUUUGAUCUCUAAGCUUCAUACACUGGUCGUGGGCGGAGAUCGAGCGGAUCCCCAGGACAUGAUCAAAGCACGCAAGCUAGUUCAGUGUGAUGUCAUAAAUGCUUAUGGCCCAACGGAGAAUACCGUUAUCAGUACCUUUUAUCGAAUUGCAGAGGGCGACGGAUAUCAUAACGGUGUACCGAUUGGACAAGCAGGGCCCAACUCGGGGGCGUAUGUUGUGGAUCAGCAACUAUGUCCAGUGCCACCCGGUGUAAUCGGUGAACUUGUUGUUGUCGGUGAUGGCCUAGCGCGCGGCUAUACCGAUACACGAAGGGAUGUUAAUCGUUUCGUCAACAUUGAUAUUCACGGUCAGGUUCUCAGAGCAUAUCGCACAGGUGACCGAGUUCGUCGCCGUCCGAUAGACGGACAGCUUGAAUACAUUGGCCGGUUGGACGGCCAGGUCAAAAUUCGAGGUUUUCGUGUUGAGACCGAGGAGAUCGAGCACGUUCUUCGCAGUUCAGAGCUAGUCGAAAGUGCCGCGGUGCUCUUCCAGCAGCCCGAUGAUCAAGAGGGCCGACUAGUAGCUUUUGUCACGUUGUUGAAGGGGGGCGAUAAGCAAGUCCCCAUGGAGAUAGCAAGGGGUAGGGAAGAACAGGAAUCAGAACAGGCUUGGAAGCAAAUUUUCAAUGAAGUCACUUACGACAGCCAGAUCGACCCUCGUGAGGCCGGUAGAGACUUUUCUGGAUGGAAGUCAAUGUACGAUGGUACGGACAUCGACAAAGAAGAAAUGGGGGAGUGGCUGGACGACACAAUCACAACGCUGCUCAAUGGUGCACCGCCAGGCAACGUGCUCGAGAUUGGGACCGGCUCAGGGAUGAUUCUCUUCAACAUUGCAAGCGAUCUGCAGACCUAUGUCGGCCUUGAACCGGUACAGUCGAUACUGGAAUUUGUCAAGACUAUGAUGGACAAAGUUAAUCCGACUCUAGCAAGCAAAGUACAGCUGCAUGUCGGAAGUGCCAGUGAUUUAGACAAGAUAUCGUCCAACAUUUUAUCGCCCGACCUUGUGGUAGUGAACUCUGUUGCGCAGUAUUUCCCUAGUGCAGAAUACCUAUCCAGGCUCAUCUUAGAUCUUCUGCGAAAGCAUCAGGCCAAGACCCUCUUCUUCGGAGACAUACGUUCAUACGCUCUAUAUGCUCAAUUCCAGGUCACCAAGGCCCUGCACAGAGAAGGAAAGAUUAGUCCAGAAUAUAUCCGUCAAAGCAUGGCAGAUACUGUGGAGAAUGAAACUGAGCUACUGAUUGAUCCUGCUUUCUUCACGUCCCUAGCAGCUGAAUUCCCAGAUCUCGUCCACCACGUCGAGAUACUUCCGAAAAGAAUGCGAGCGACAAACGAACUUAGUUGCUAUCGUUAUUCGGCCAUCAUCCAUGCUGUGCGACAAGUCUACCUCCCCAUCAUUCAUACCGUAGACGCAGAUCAGUGGAUCAACUACAGCGCCCAAGGUUUAAGCCGGAAUGGGCUCUUAGAUCUAUUGAAGGAAGGCUCGGAAUCAGCCGUUGUAGCCAUCGCCAACAUCCCGCACAGCAAGACUAUAUUCGAACGACUAGUCGCUGAGGCAUUUUCCAGCCGGACAAAAAUGACAGAUAUUGGUUGGCUACCAUCGAUCCGUCAGAAUGCAGAUGAAGUGGAUGGACUCUCGGCAAUGGAUCUUGUUGAUCUGGGUACCUUGGCAGGGUUCCAUGUGGAACUAAGUUGGGCGCGACAAUUUUCCCAACACGGAGGACUGGAUGCCAUCUUUCACCGCAUCAAGUCCCAGGAUGGACGACAAAGAACCAUGUUUCGAUUUCGCAGCGAUCAUGAAGGUCGCUCAACUGAAGAUUUCAGCAACCAACCAAUGCAAGGUCAGCCGACCCGCCAUAUCAUAAGAGAACUCCAGCAAUUCUUGAAGAUACGCGUGCCUUGGUACAUGGUUCCGGCUGUGAUAAGGGUUCUUGGCGACAUGCCUAAUAAUCAUAGUGGCAAGAUAGACAGACAAGCUCUGUCUCAAAUCGCAGCCACGAUGGCACCUAGGCAGGCACCAGUUGACAUGACCUUCGUGCGUCCGAGAACUAAGUUCGAAGUGAUUGUCUGUGAAGCAUUCGGUCAUGUCCUUGGAUGUGAGAUGGGCGUUACAGAGAAUUUCUUCGAUCUCGGUGGACACUCCUUGAUGGCCACAAGAGCAAUAUCCAAGAUUGUUGAGCGCACACAGUGUGCCAUUACGGUCAGAGACUUGUUUGACUGCCCAACGCCAGGAGCUUUGGCAAAUAAGAUGUCGACAAUCUGUGAUGAACGUAGCAAAGCAGAAGCAGAGGGUGACAGAAUACAAGGCAUUGAUGAGUCUGCUGAUUACGAACCGGUCGUGCACGAUGAAUGGAAUCAAGCUGUGGAGGCAGUCGGCAUUUGCGCAGCAGACGUAGUGCACAUAAUGCCGUGUUCUCCCUUUCAGGAGGGCGUCCUUACUGCCGACCUCGUCCUCGGAGACUCUCCCGCUUAUUUGGCUACCAUGAAGCUGAAGUUCGACGGACACCUCGACGAGGAUACGUUGCAAUCAGCGUGGUAUUUAACGGUAGCACGAGAGGAAAUGCUUCGAACAGCCUUCAUGCCAUCGACGCAAGAUUUGUCCUUGAGCGGAAUGUGUAGUGGAGCCUUUCUGCAGGCCGUCCUCCGGUACGACUCCAACGAAGUGGAAAGGGUCUCGAGACUACGGCAACAGGAGUAUAAUCAGCCGCCUGACCUUGGGAUGGGCCAUAUACCGGUUUCAUUGGCAUUGAGGCAAGACGACGUGACAGGUUUCAGGCAAGUUGAAUUGACAAUGCAUCAUGCCCUAUAUGAUGAAGCCUAUCUGUCGUAUAUUCUGGACGGCCUGUCUCGUGAUUAUCACCAUGCUCAAAGCCAUAGCCCAAGAAACGAUGACAAUAGCAGCCACAUGCCGUUCAUAACGUUCAUUCACACGUUGCAACAGAAGGAUCGAUCGGUAGGCUCCUCCUUCUGGAAGAAAUACCUAAAUGGGGCACCAGCAUGUACUUGGCCAAUUCCAUGUGGUCUCAGAGGUCCUAUGGACGGAGUUCGAAUCCCACAUGAAGUUCAUGCUGAAUGGAAAGGAGAUGCAGUAGCACUGUCAAGAAUUUACAACACCACCGCGGCCGGUCUUGUUCGAGCAGCUUUAGCUUUGUCCAUUGCUGUACAUAGUGACUCAGACGAGGCUAUUUUCGGUGAGGUUUCGAGUGGCCGAGCUCACUCGGAAUUCGUCAAAGGCCCCUGCAUCGCCACCCAUCCGGUACGAAUCCCGCUUGCAGUGAACCCGAAGAAACAUUCUAGUGACGGACCACGAGGGAGAAUUUCAAUAGAAGAGCUCGUCACGCGCACCCGAGAUGCAUACUUAAACACGAUGCCAUAUCAGCAUCUUGGAAUUGAUUCUAUUCGACGCUUGACUGAGAACCCCGACUUGCUUCCUUUCCAGGUGCUUUUUGUUUUUCAGGCACAAGUCACAAAUGCCAAGAAUCACAGAUUUCCAUGGAGCCGAUUCAGUAUUGCCGACGGUGAGUUAAAGCGUACGGACUUUCCCAUGGUGCUUGAAGUGUUCUGUCAAGAGCUCACAGGCCAUCUUCACAUGCGAUGUGUGUUUGACCCGGUGGCAAUACUUCCGGCAGAUGCAGAUUGGGUGUUGCAGCAUAUCAUCGACUCAAUUGACCUCAUGCAAACACGUUCCAUGCAACAUAAGGAAGAUCAAUCAAUGCCCUGA